AUGAACGGAAACAUAGCAAGUAAUAUUAAUAUCGUGGGCAGUGUAAGCCCCGAACACGGGACUCCUCUCUUGAAUGAAGUAAACGCAGAUUCUUCUCAAGAAAGAGGCAAGGAGGAGGAGGUCAAGAAAGAGGAUUUAAUUUCCCUUUCUCAAAACUUAUUUGCAACUGGCGAGGAAUGCAAAAAAGAAGAAUAUACCGAUGAACUUCUCUGCUCUGAGGUUAUAAACUUCCAAGAAGAUUCUGAUAAGGAAAACAACUUCCCGAAUCGAACGCCGAAACAGUCCUCGAGUUCUGAAAAAGCCGCCAAAAAACGCAAGAAAAACAAAUUUUUGAACCCGAUCAAAAACGGUUUUCUAACUGAAACUGCAGAGGAUUUCGUAGGCAGGGACCAAGACAAACAGGAAAUACGAGCUUUGUUUCCAUUACCAGUCGAUCCUCUGAAAGAAAGCCAUCCUGUAGAAGCUGACAUAAAAGGACCUGAGCAAGAAGAGAGAGUAGUUUCUCUAUCUAAUAAUACAUCAGAAGUAAACCAGAUUGCAGCUGCUAGUAUCGGCAAUAGGGAGUCGGAUAAGGAUAUUCCAAAGACCAAGAAUUUCGAACUCAGAUAUAAUUUGCCAUAUUAUUCACGCGACUUAUACAACUAUCCACGUCGCGAAAGGGCGGUGGAUGAAGAUUCGGAUACUACCGAGGAAUUCGUUAGGUCAGAUUAUUUCUCUUCUGACUCAUCUGCGGCUUCCUUGAGAUGCAAUUCUGAGGCCGAAGAGCAAACAAGAAAUAACAACGAAUACUAUUUAGAUAACGAGCGCCCAUAUAUAAACGGCGAAGCGAAUUCGGUUGCCAGAAAUAUACAAGAAUUUUUAUUUGGAUCGCGAAUCGAGGAAGAAGUAGAGAAAUCGGAAGAGGAACUCGAAACCACAGAGAGCGAGGAUUCUGAGGAGGAACUCGAAAAUCCGCCAGGUUUCUCGGACACCGAUACUGAUACUGACACGGACUCAGAGGAUCCUCCCGGAGCAUCUAAUUCUGACAAACAACCUGAGCAGGAACACCAAACUCCUGAAGGCGAAAACGACAGAGACUCGGCACCUGACGAAUACGGUCCAGAUUCUAAGCAGGAUCACGAAGCAAACCUUCCUUCUGAAACAGAAAGUUCCUUGGAAUACUUCACAAAGAUAUCAAUAAAGUGA